UGCUGAGGGGUGUGGAGGUGCGGCGCGCCCCGAUCGCUCCUUACGGGGUUCGCCGAGCCGAGAGUUGGGGCCAGGUCUGAGGCCACCUGAUGGGGAACCCCUGUCCUGCUCAGAAUGAAACUAGCUGGCGUUAGCGCUGCGAUUUCAGACUCAAUCUCUGCCCGUGUGGAGAACCGCCCUGAUGACAUGAGGGUGCCAGCGCCACACUUGCCUGAAGGACAGAGGUUUCGUCAGUGUUGGGGUGCCCAGGCUGGUGGGGUACCUGGGAGGGUGCUUUCCCUCCUAGAGGGAAAGCUUCGCCCUCCUAGAGAGUGCUUUCUUUCGACUAGGAAAGCUGUAGAGGAGCCCAGGCUGAUGCCCAGAAGCUGAGGGCAGGUCGGCUCCUGCCUGUGGGCUGGCAGUUCUGUCAGAGUUCAGACCUAAGGCAAGGAGCAGCCCCGGGUCUCUGGAGACCAUCCUGGUGUGUUUCCUGCUCCAGCUCCUCUGGCCUGGUGCGGGCAAACGCCACCAUCCUGAGCCGAGCGCCUCUCCUGAGGGCCGAGCCUGUGCCUGCCCUGAGGGCUCUGGGCUGAAUUCCCAGGAAGGCCACUUGCCAGCGAACUUGUCAGAGCAGGACAGGGUCUCCGGGGCUCUGCGCCCCCUCCUGUCUUUCCCCUCCAAGACCCAUGCAGCUCCUGUGACUUGAAGCCACCAGCUCCCAGGCGACUUCAGCCAAUUCCUGGCAGUGUUUAAGUCAGCCACCCCGUCCCGAGCCACAGUUUAAAACUGGGAAGCAGAGACUUCCCUCCAAACAGAACCGAGCCGCAAGCUCCCCACCUAGGGGCAGUUCCUCCUCUGCCUGUCUGCCUUCUCCAUCUGGGGAUGUCUGCUGUGAGGCGCUUUUGUCUUCCUGCAAGUUGUGUAGAAUUCCCCAGAGUGCCCCAGCAUGCUCCCCACCCUGGCUGUUGCCGAGGUCCUUCAGCAAGUGUCACUCCUUGCUGGCUUCGCCUGUAGAGUUCUCCCCAGCAAUCAAAGCCUGCGUACUUUGACAUCUAGUCCUCAAAUGUUCUCCAGACCAUCGUGACUUCGUUUGUCCCGUGCAUGAUUGUUGAGCCCAGAAGACAUGGUUUACAUUUAAUGGGACUGGGACACUAGGGAGGGAAGCAGGUGGUCAUUCAACUAGAUGCACAUAAAUGUGUGAUGACACGUUCAAGUAAGUGCCAUAAAAAUUAGGGACAGGAAUUGGACCUGGUCAGGGCAGCCCGGCGGGGCCUGGGGAGCCCGGUGAGUGGAGGGCGUUAGCAUGGAGUGGAUGUGCUCAGAUCUCCUGCCGGCAUGCACUGCGGCACAUUGUGCAUCCAGAACAGCUGCUCACACUUGUCUUCUAACCGGGUGGGGUCCUGCCCUGCCUGUGGAAUGCCCAAGUUUUGCCUUCUCCAUAGCAACUAAUGGUCACUCAGCAAUAUGUGACCAGUGAUUAAAUGGCAGAUAGCCAGAGUCUCCAGGCAAUCCCAGGGCAGUGUGUGGGACCCCGGCAACUCUAGGCCCUGGAGUACAAAGAGCCUCAGCAGCCUCCCUGCCCCACUCAGAGCCCCGUAAAAAGUGUGAGAACCCAUGUGCCUGAUCGGCAAGGUCCCCACCUCAGGCUUCCUGGGCGUGGGGCUGAGCUGGGGGAGUAUUUCAAGCAGUGACCGGGAGGGAGGUGCAUAGGGUUUAAAGGACCGGGAGCGUGUCAGUGGGUAGAAAUGCAGAGGGCUGGGUGCGGCAGCCCGCACCUGUAGUCCCAGCACUCUGGAAGGCUGAGGCCGGAGGGUCACAGGUUUGAGCCCAGCCUGGAAACCUAGUGACUUAGUGAGACCUGGUCUCAGAAAUGUACACAAAAGGGAGGUGGGUGUACUUCAGCAUGAAGGCCCUCAGUUCAGUACCACAGAAAAAGAAAAGGAAAACAGGAAGGGGAGAAGGAAAGAAGGAAGAGAAAACAGCAAAUGAGGCAUUUCACUAGAAGGGACCUGGCGGGCAGUGGAGGAGGGCUUCAGGGCCUAGAGCGGAGAACGGGGGCUGAGCCUGGAGGGUGCUGUGGCAGACAGUGAGACAUCUCGGUCUCCUGGACGCAGCACGGCUGUCAGGAGGAAGCGAGCCCUGGUCAGUGUGCCAUGUGAAGUCUAGACUUAAUUCGCUCAUCUGUGAAAGAUGCUUCAGAGAAUCGCUAUGGAGCUGAUAUGGGGCGACACGCGUGAAGGUUUUUGUACGUAACAAAGUUUGUAAGAUGUGCAAAUAUAGUCUGUUUCCUGUAACUCUGUAGUCUGUUUCUCUCUCCCUCCCUCCCUCCUCCGUUUUCCCCGCAGACACACACUGCAUCCCCUGAGCUACACCUGCCCAAUAGCUUCUCCAUCUAAUAGAACAUAGAUGACAACAACAGCCCCCGUUUUAUUGACUUCUCGCCCUGUGACAGGGACCCUGCGCCCGGUUCGCCGCAGCUACUACGACCCGACCUCUGCGCCCGGGAAGGGUGUGGUGUGGGAGUGGGAGAGUGACGGCGGCUCCUGGACGCCCUACGACAUGGAGGUGGGCAUCGCCAUCCAGCAGGCCUAUGAGAAGCAGCGCCCCUGGGUGGACCUCACGCCCAUCGGCUUCGGCUACAUCGUCGACUUCGGCACCAUGGGCCAGAUCAACCGGCAGACCCAGCGCCAGCGCCGCGUGCGCCGGCGCCUCGACCUGGUCUACCCGCUGGUGGCCGGCUCGCUGCCCAAGCCGCAGUCCUGGCCGCCCAGCCCGGCCCCGGCGCCGCCCUGCUGCUGCCCGCAGUGCGUGCUGGUGACAAGCGUCAAGGCGGCCGCGGCCGGCGCUGGGCCCCCCAGGAGCGGCGGGCCCCCCUCCGGGGCCGGAAAGCUGCCCCUGCGGCCCGGCCCGGGGGCCCAGGCCCUCGCUCGAGGCCCAGGGAAGCCGGCGGCGCAGGCGCUCCGGAGACCGGCCUCCAGCACCGCGGCGGGCCCCCUCGCCACGCCCCCGGGAGCCAGCAGCACACCCGGGAGGGUGGCCCUGGGCACCUUGAAUCGGAACAGCCUGCAGCGCCUGGCGGUCGCCCAGUCCCGGGUGCUGAUCGCCUCCGGCGUCCCCACGGUCCCAGUGAAGAACUUAAAUGGGUCGAGUCCCGUCAGUCCGGCCUUGGCAGGAAUCACCGGGAUCCUGAUGAGCGCGGCCGGGCUGCCUGUGUGCCUCACCCGGCCCCCGAAGCUGGUGCUGCACCCACCGCCUGUCAGCAAGAGCGAGAUCAAGUCCAUCCCGGGGGUCUCCAACACCAGCCGCAAGACCACCAAAAAGCAAGCUAAGAAAGGUAAAACCCCAGAGGAAGUACUGAGGAAGUACCUGCAAAAGGUCCGGCACCCGCCCGAGGAGGACUGCACCAUCUGCAUGGAGCGCCUCACGGCCCCCUCAGGCUACAAGGGCCCCCAGCCGACGGUCCAGCCGGACAUCGUGGGCAAGCUGUCCCGCUGCGGCCACGCCUACCACGUCUACUGCCUGGUCGCCAUGUACAACAACGGGAACAAGGACGGGAGUCUGCAGUGUCCAACCUGUAAGACCAUCUACGGGGUGAAGACAGGGACCCAGCCGCCGGGGAAGAUGGAGUACCACCUCAUCCCCCACUCCCUGCCGGGCCAUCCUGACUGCAAAACUAUCCGGAUUAUCUACAGCAUCCCCCCCGGCAUUCAGGGGCCGGAACACCCGAAUCCUGGCAAGACUUUCAGUGCCCGCGGCUUCCCACGACACUGUUACCUUCCAGACAGCGAGAAGGGGAGAAAAGUUCUGAAGCUGCUGCUUGUGGCCUGGGAUCGCCGCCUCAUCUUCGCCAUUGGUACCUCCAGCACGACAGGCGAGUCCGACACGGUCAUCUGGAAUGAGGUCCACCACAAGACAGAGUUUGGCUCUAAUCUCACUGGCCACGGCUACCCAGACGCCAAUUACCUGGAUAACGUGCUGGCAGAACUAGCUGCCCAGGGCAUCUCCGAGGACAGCUCUGCCCAGGAGAAAGACUGAGGCCAGAGGCGCUUUGAAGUGGGGAUGGGGGACAAGGGGACCACAGGGGGGAGGGCGGAGGGUCCGGGCGGAGGUUGGUGCAGUGCCCUCCCUCUCGUCCUGUCUCCACCCUCCGGGAGGCAGGGGAGCCAGACUGAACCAGCGACACCCUUCAGAAACCAUCCAGCACAGGGGACGUGGAUGAGGGCCGUCCUCUGUUCCCGGGGAGUUUUCGGUGCUGGGUAGACAAGAACUCCCACCCUCACCCCCAUAAGGGGUGCGGUCAGCACACUUCGGGUACGGCCGCGGGCCGCUCCACACCUGGCCUGUGAAGCCGAGGUUCCCCGCCUGGGCCGGCUUCUUGCUGCUUCCGCUCUGCCUCAGGAGUGGAGUUGCCCCUUCUCUGUCCUCCACUGGAGGAAGAGAGCUCUCACUGUGUAAGCCUGGGCGGACGCGAGGCCCAGAGCCGCUGUGACGCCAGAGCGGACAGAGGUGCAGGGCGCUGAGGCUCGGGCUGAGGGCCAGAGAGGCGAGAGGCAAAGCCCAGCUCCCCUCCCGCCCACGCCCCGACCUGUCCAGAGGCGCUGGCUCCCUCGUCCGAGUGGGUGGACUCGCGCUUCUCUCUGGGAUGGGUCCCCGAGCUUCCGCGCUGUCCUCAGGGAGAGGAGCCCAGGCCUUCUGCCCAGUGCGGCCCGGCCCGGCCCAGCUCGAGGCCCUUGGGUUUUCUCUCGUCACUGUGAGUGGGGCCCGCUCUGGGCUCUGCGCCACCUGUGUGCGUGCAUGUGUGUGUGGGUGUGCGCGGCUGGCCGGGUGGGCACAGAGCCCGGCGGAGCCCCUCCCCGAACCCUGGUUCUGUGGGGUCUGAGCAGUCUGGCCCUUGGUUCUCCUUACCCUUUACCAACCAGAAUCAGCUGGGAUCCUGAGGGAGACAGAACUGUGCUUUGGGAGGUGUUGAGGUGAGAGCUGGAUCGAUCCUUUUCUAAUUUUUCUUUCAAGAUUGGAUGAGAGCUUUCUUCUCUCCGGUCUUGUUUCUAUGAGGGCUUCACUGUCUGCAUGCAAGCCUGGUGACGGUGCUGGGCCUCUAGUCCCCUCCUCCGUUACAGAUUGACCUAGACCACGGUGGAUGCAUCUUUAGCUCAUUCCUAACAGUGUUGGGGCCGCAUUGUGGUCCGGGCUACCCAGCAUCUAGGUUGUGCCCCAAGACCCCGUCUGUCUCCUCCCAAUAUCCUGUCACCUUUGGCUCCCAUGAGGGAACGGACUGGGGGUCAGGAGGGGGAAGGUGGGGGAUCAAGAAGGGAAACCCAGUUCCCCCUUUGAAAGUGGGUUCUUUGAACUACGUGUUUGGGGGAAGUUCCUCUGGAUACUAAUUUGAAUUUAUAUACCUCAUGUUUUGGGGGUUUGACGUAUAUAUAUGCAUAUAUAUUUCGUAAGAUUUGGAAGGUUUUUGAUGCUAGAAAAAUUGGAACAAAACAACUUUCAACAAUGGUACUUGAGUUAGAGCUAAGGCCAAGCUUUCAUGAGAGCCAGCUCUGUCUCUGCAAGGCCACAGCCAUUCUGCUGUUGGUGUGGCCGCGGCAGCGCCUGAGUAUUACCUAAUUCAGUUGCCUGGGACUUGCUGCUGCAGCCUUCAGUUCCCCAGUUGGCUCCACCAGGGGGAACUCUAAGAAGAGAAACUGUUUCCGCCGUCUUAGUCGCGGUCUCCCCUGUGAGUGGGAAGGCGUUUUGUCUCACUGCAUUUUGGGAUAAGUUCCCGCCACAGUCGAGAAGGAAACAACAAUGUAAGAAGCGUGCCCGAGGAGAUUAAUGUCAUGUUCUGUGCCCUUUGCCAGGCAGGCCAGCACGUGCAGAGAUCCCUGGAGAACCUCACUGUAGAGAGGGCCUGGGCUGGGGAGUCCUGGUGAGGCAGCAAGCGGGGAGGAAAGGGAGGCAUGCUUGGACCGUGGGAAUGGGCAGGGGGAGGCGCCUGGUCAGGCAGAAGGUGGGAGCAGGGAAGGGGACCCGAGGGGACCCACAAGGCAGCCAGCGCACCGCUGGCAACACACUUUGAGAGCCGGGCUCCAUGCCGUCCCCCAGAGGACCACGAUGCGGCCUGGCCCUGUCUUUCUCCCUCUCAGGAUGCCACUCUCUGUUGGGCUUUCUGGCCAGAAGGGAUCUUGGAUUUCCCUUCUAACAUGGUGCCAGGCAGGAAGACGGGGAGGGCCAACCUGGAAAGGCAGUCUCGGACUCAGUGAGGGCCCUGCCAGCUGAGCGCUGCGCCCGCCACAUGGGUGCGUGCUGUCUGGCUGGCGACCUCCUGGCCCUUCCUUUCCUGGUCUCCAGGGGUGACGGAUGGGAUCGCACACAGCCAGAAGCUGGGCCUGAAAGGCCAUGUGGUGCCUGGCUGUGUGUGCUCUGUGUGCUCGUUCUGGGACAGUUGGACUGCGCUGUGGCUCUGUGCUUGUCUGAAGUGCUGGUCCUGGUGUGGCACGCUCGUGUGCAUGAGGACUGGGGGCCUGUGUGGUGCGGGACGUCCCUGUCUGGCCACCUGCAUCGGAGUGGGGGCUGCUGGGACAGGGCAGGUGAUUGUCCAUAUGUGAAUCGUUCUGUCUGUAACUGCUGUGAUUUGAAAUUUUUGGUGUUGCUCUGUGAGAGGACAUCGCCACCUGGUGCUCAUGGGUGUAUGUGCAGAACAAUAAACGGCAAAUGAACAACCGCAAA